GAUGAAUGAUGAUGACGUGGGCAUUGUGGGUGUACAAACAGUGACCCAACAGGCACCGGAAGCAGAAAGACGGCAAGCAGACAGACCGGAAGCAGAAAGACAGGCAAAGCCUAAGCUAACCUGUGUGGACCAGGCACUGUUUGAACAGGCUGUCGUAGGUGCUGGACAUGUGGGAGAAAAACCAGUCGAGGAGAUGACAGAUAUGCUAGAAGGUUUGACUGGUCCCCACAUGGCCACCCUUUUCUGCAGCGGGGCUGGAAAGAACAGAUUGUGGCCACUGCCCCUAUCCCCAUUGGCGGCUGAGGAGGUUGCCAGGAGGGAAGGCAAACUUCUGGUGGUGGCAGUCGCCCUAACUCCGGGACUAGAGAAUACAAGACUUGCAAGAUUCACUAGCACCGAAGCCUUCUUCAGGAUCAUCGAAGACCUGCAGGCCCUGUAUAUACACACUCUCCAUACAACAGAAGAUGGCAAAGAAUGUUUUGGAUUUUCUACUCUAUAG